GGUUUAUUUAGGGUUCUUACUCGCCUUGGCGCCAAAGGUGAGAUCCUCUUUUCGCGGAUGCAUCAUCGCGCGCACUAGGAAUGAUUGCUCGUAUGGACCCAUCCGGUGUGAUUUUUCCAGGGGCUCCCGUCCUAGCCCUAACUGUCAGUGGCGUCUUUAUCCUCGGAUGGUCUCAUGGAAUUCGUGCUUCUUUUUGGAGUCUCCUCCUCGUUGUUUAUUUGAGCGUUUCUCCUGUUCAUGGCCUGGAAGCUCUUCGUCUUCUUCCUUCUCUUCCAUGUUUUUUGCGUCUUCGUCGUGGUUUUGGCUGCCAGCCCUCCCGAGAAUGUGACGAUUGGGGCGCUGCUGGCGCUCCGGACCAGGAUCGGGCGAGCUGCCAGGGUCGCAAUUCAGCUGGCCGUGAAAGAGAUCAACGAGGAUCAAACUCUUCUCAAUGGCACACGUCUUCUCGUCCAAAUCUCCGACGACAAUUGCAACGCUGUUCAAGGAGCUGCCGCAGCUGUGGAACUUAUGCAGAGGAAUCGAGUCGUGGCGAUCGCCGGGCCGCAAACUUCCGAGGUAGCGCAUUUCGUAGCACACAUGGGAACUGUGACCAAGAUCCCCAUUGUCUCCUUCUCCGCGACCGAUCCCACCCUCUCGGAGUCGCAGUAUCCUUUCUUCAUCCGGAACACUCACAGCGACCGCAUCCAAAUGGAGGCCAUCGCCGACUUUGUCAAGCUCUUCGAGUGGAAGGAGGUGGUGGCGCUCUACUCGGACGAUAACUUUGGCACCAACGGGAUCAUGGAGCUCCACGACGAGCUCAGCAAAGUUGGUGCCACCAUUCCCUUCCGGGCCGCCGUGAGCCGGAGUAUGAGCAAGGAUGAUAUAGGUGAGAUCCUGGCGAAGUUUGGCGAUGCCGGUGGAAGGAUCUUCGUGGUUCACACCGACGCCAGCGUCGGCCGCGCGGUGCUCACCGAGGCUUACGAUCUCCGGAUGCUCACGACCGGGUUCGUGUGGAUCGUCACGGAGACUCUCUCGAGCGUCUUGGACGGGGUUUACAGCGACGACGAGUUUGUAGCGGCUGCUCAAGGCAUCGUCGGCACUCGGAGCUUCAUACCCGGCUCUCCGCAGCUGGAGAGGUUCAAGAGCAGCUGGAGGAGUUUCACCAUCAACAGGACGCGCGGGGGAUAUCGAAGCUCCAACGUCAACCUCUAUGGCCUCUACGCUUACGACACCAUAUGGAUGAUCGCGUACGCCAUCGACGGGUUCUUAGCUGCCAACGGGAGCUUUGAGUACGAGGCCAUGAAGUGUCCUCCGGGUGGCGAGCGACGCUUGGACUUGGCGAGGCUCUCAGUUGCAAAGUUUGGAGCUAGAGUGCUGCGGGAGAUUGUGAAGACGAAGUUCUCGGGGAUCAGUGGAAAGGUGGAGCUCAGUGCUGGAGGCGAGCUCCAGGGAUCCGACUUGGAGGUGGUGAAUAUGUACGGGAGGGGACUUCGCACUGUUGGCUACUGGAACAAGGGGACUGGUUUCUCGGUGGAUGCUCCUUCUGAGGAUCGUCCACAGAUGGAAUCGGUGAGCCGGCUGCAAAAGAGACUUCACCACAUAGUCUGGCCUGGGGACAACUUGCAUGUUCCUCGGGGCUUGAUGAUCCCCAAGACUGGCCGAGAAUUGAUUAUAGGAGUUCCACUCAAGCAGGGAUACAAGGAGUUUGUCGACUUGACGAUUGAUGUGAGCAACGUAAGCACGUUUCAUGGCUUCUGCAUCGACGUCUUCAAAGCGGCAUUGUCUAGCCUCCCGUACACCGUCACGUACUCGUUUGUGGGAUUUGGAGAUGGAAACUCAACGCCGAGCUACGAUGAACUUGUCGAGAAGGUGGCCAACAAGAAGUUUGAUGCGGCUGUUGGCGACAUCACAAUAACAAGAAAGCGUGCAAAGCUGGUGGAUUUUACGCAGCCUUACACGAUUUCGGGGCUGGUGUUGGUUGUGCCAGUCACAGAGACUCAUGCUCACCAAGCCUGGGCUUUCUUACAGCCGUUUUCAAACUCAAUGUGGUACACAACAGCGGCCUUUUUCUUCUUUACAGGGACAGUCGUUUGGAUCCUGGAACGCGAUAAAAACCGUGAUUUUGGUGGACGUCCCAGAAAGCAGGUUGUGACGACUUUCUGGUUUAUUUUUUCAACUCUUUUCUUCUCACAGCGGGAAAGAAUCAAUAGUAUUCUCGGGCGCAUUGUGGUGAUCAUCUGGCUGUUUGUGGUCCUGAUACUCAUCUCCAGCUAUACGGCAAGCUUGACGUCGAUUCUCACAGUUCGCAGGCUGAGACCGACCAUUCAAGGUCUCUCUCAUCUGGUCGGAAGUGAUGUAAGAAUCGGGUACCAGGAAGGGUCUUUUGUAAAAGACUAUUUGCUCCAGCUCAACGUGGAGAGUGAUAGAUUGGUGCCACUCAAGUCGAUCGCCACUUAUUCUUCGGCUCUCUCUUCGAAUGAAGUAGGAGCUGUUGUUGACGAACUCCCAUACGUACAAUUGUUACUAUCAUCAGACUGCAGGUUUGCAAUCUCAGGUGAAGAAGAAUUUUCAAAGAGUGGCUGGGGAUUUGCAUUUCCAAAGGGAUCAGCAUUGGCUGCUGAUGUGUCAACGGCAGUUCUCACGCUCGCUGAAACAGGGGAGCUGCAGCGCAUUCACGAGACAUGGCUUCACACGACUCGCUGCAGCGGGAAAGUGGUCGAGGUCAAGUUUGACAAACUUGACUUGCGAGCUUUCUCUGGUCUCUUCGGGUUCUUUGCGGUGGUGGUGGUGGUGGCAACGCUUAUCCACGCUCUUCGUAGCUAUUGCCAGAACUACAGGACAGCACUGCUUGCGGCAGCUCCUUUUCAAUGGCCUUCACAUUUCUCUAGAGGGAAAAACGUUAGCGUUGCCUGAGGGGGGAAUAGUCAGAAACCUGUGAUAGGUUCUUCAACUUCUCCAGCAGCAGAUGAACCAACUUCCCUGCGAGAACCACAAUUCUAAGAGAUC